GCAUCGCAUCGAACUCUUGUGGGAACUCAAACCCUAGUGAAGCCAAUGCUUUAAUAAAACCCUGCCUUCUACAAAUUCUACUCGUCCCACCGCCCCAAGUGCAGCUGGUGCGUCUUGCUGCACCACCCGCCAAAGCAUGGCUGUUUCGUAUUCAUCGAGCCAAGACGGGUUCUAGUUGAUUCCCUAGAGCUCUCUCUCUCUCUAAAUGGGGAAAGGCAAAAAAGCCGUAAGAAUGGCCCAGAACGAGAACAACAAUGGAGAGGCUGAAGGGGAUUCCGGUCGACAACGGUCUAAGAAGCAAAAACGCAAAGAAGUCGCCAUCUUCGGCAAUUACAGGAACUACUAUGGCUAUCGUGUUGGGCAGGACUUGGACGAAGAUCCUAGGUUGAAGGUUUUGAAGAGGGAGUGGUUUGAGGGCAAAGAUUGUUUAGACAUCGGAUGCAACAGUGGCUUGAUAACAAUUGCAAUUGCAAAAAAGUUUGGGUGCCAUAGAAUUCUUGGACUUGACAUUGAUGGUGAUCGGGUUUCAGAUGCAUACUGGAAUCUCAGAAGAACUGCGAGGAUGAAUAUGCAUGAGGUACCUCCAAAGGCUUCCAAGUUGGAAGAUGCAGAGGGGGCGAGUGGUCAGUUUUCUGAAUUACCAAGUGAAGAGACUAUGGAGAGUUCAAGGGCUUGUUCACUUCUCCAAGGAAAAAGUCUUGCUGAUAUAGUCACUUUCCAACGACAAAAUUUUGUUCAGAUGGCAGGCACCGAGGAUAAGUACCAUACAAUUCUUUGCUUGAGUGUUUCAAAAUGGAUCCAUUUGAACUGGGGAGAUGAUGGAUUGAUUACUUUAUUUGUGAAGGCAUGGAAACUUCUCAAACCGGGCGGCAUUCUCAUUUUGGAACCCCAACCAUGGAACUCAUAUUACAAAAACCGUCAUGUAUCUGAGGUUGCAAAAACUAAUUAUCAUAAAAUUAAGAUCCGUCCUGAAGAUUUUCAAGCGCUCCUUUUGGACAAGAUUGGGUUCAGGAUGGCAGAAGACAUAUCUUCCAGUUUAUCCGGCUACAAAGCUGGGUUCGAUAGGCAAAUUCUGGCCUUUUGGAAGUGAUUCAUCUGUGCACCUUGCCUUCUUGAUGUUUAACAUUAUGAUGCUUGCAGAUAUAUCAAGUCUAUAGAUGAAAUGAGUUGGAAGGCAGCUGAUUAGCCCGUGACGGUCCCCCACCCUCACCACACCCCCCAACUGUUGGAAAUAUGCAUGGCGGUUGUUAAUGGGGUAAAAAAAAAAAAAAUCUACCAUUUUGUGUGUAGUAUGGAAUGUGGGAAUAGAAAGGUAAUGUGACUUGACUGAUGCGCGUGCUCUUUAUGUGAAAUUUCACCAGGAAGACGGCAUAUAUGUGAUCAGUAUUUAUUUUUUGG